CCACUGAGCAUGCUCGGCUCCUCCACAUCCGUCCGCGCUCGGCCGCCGCCAAGGCCGGGGGGAGGUUCCCCGUCGCUAAUAAGCCCCGUGCAGGUGGCGGAGGCGCGGGGCUCGCCGCCGCCAUGAACGCGGGCGGCGGGGGGGCGGCGCCCGCCUUCCCCGGCCCCGUGCAGUUUCCCGGAGGCACCACGGUGCUGGUGGAGCUCACCCCGGACAUCCACAUCUGCGGCAUCUGCAAGCAGCAGUUCAAUAACCUCGAUGCCUUCGUGGCCCACAAGCAGAGCGGCUGCCAGCUCACCAGCGCCGCGGCCGGGGCCACCAGUACGGUCCAGUUUGUGUCGGAGGAGACGGUGCCUUCGACACAGGCCCAGACCACCACCAGAACCAUCACUUCGGAAACACAAACCAUCACAGUUUCUGCCCCAGAGUUUGUUUUUGAGCAUGGCUAUCAAACAUACCUGCCUAGUGAGAGCAGCGAGCCUCCAACUGCUGCUGUUGUCUCAACACCACCAAAAGCACGCUCAAGGAAAUCCACUUCUUCACUUUCACAGAAGAAACUGAACUGCUGCUAUCCAGGUUGCCAGUUCAAGACUUCCUAUGGUAUGAAGGAUAUGGAACGUCAUCUGCGAACACACACAGGAGACAAGCCCCAUAAAUGUGAGGUUUGUAACAAAUGCUUCAGUCGUAAAGAUAAGCUGAAGAUGCAUAUGCGUUCUCAUACUGGGGUGAAACCUUACAAAUGUAAACACUGUGACUAUGCAGCUGCAGACAGCAGCAGUCUCAACAAGCACCAGCGCAUUCACUCCAAUGAACGUCCUUUUAAAUGCCAGAUCUGUCCUUAUGCAAGCCGCAACUCUAGCCAGCUCACUGUACAUCUCAGAUCACACACAGGAGAUGCUCCUUUCCAAUGUCAGAUGUGUCCUGCUAAAUUUAAAAUCAAUUCAGACUUGAAGAGGCACUUGCGUGUGCAUUCUGGUGAGAAACCUUACAAAUGUGAGUUCUGUGAGGUCCGCUGUGCCAUGAAGGGAAACUUGAAAUCGCACAUUCGUAUUAAGCACAGCAUGGAAAAUACUCUGAAGUGCCCAGAGUGUGAGUUUCAGUGUGGAAACAAAACAAGCCUUCGGCACCACAUAAGAACUCAUCAGCCUGAGCAGCCAGUGAAGUGCUCAGAGUGCAACUACUCUUGCUCCAAUAAGGCAGCUCUAAAGGUACAUGAGAGAAUUCACUGCAAGGAUCGUCCUUUCAAAUGUGAAUUCUGCAGCUUCGAUACCAAGCAGCGAAGCAACCUGACAACUCAUGUGAGGAAAGCUCAUGGAGACAAAGUCAAGACCAAGAAGCAAACCGUGGAGAAGAAAGAAGGAGAUAGGCCCAAACAGGGUGGCUCCAGGCAAGUUGCCAAAUUGGAUGCCAAGAAAGCAUUUAAGUGUGACCUGUGUGAGGCUUCCUUUGUCCGAGAAGAUUCUCUUAGAAGUCAUAAGAAGCAGCAUAGUAUGUAUAAUGGGACUAAGAAUAAUGAACUAGCUGUUCUGCAGCUUCAGAUGGAUCCCAGUCGGCAGACCAGUGCCCCAAUUACUGUCAGUCACCUCCAAGUCCCACUUCAGGCUGCUCAGGUUUCUCCAUACAAUGAGGGAAGGGUCAAGAUCAUUGUGGGUCACCAGGUCCCUCAGGCAAACAGUAUAGUUCAGGCAGCGUCGGUGAAUGUCGUGCCUCCCACAUUAGUUGGCCAGAAUCAGGAAGACCUCUCGGCCAAUAGCCGGUUGCAGCUGCUGGGCCAAGUCAGUUUGCUGGCGCCGCCUCCGCCUCCCAUAUCUCAAAGUGAAGCAGGGUCUGUGGCACAACCAGCAGUUCUUCUCACAACUCAUGACCAAAGCGAUGGAAGUGCAUUACACCAAACUCUGAUUCCUGCUGCUCCUGUCGGCAGUCAUGAGGCUUCAGCAAACCAAGCUUUCAUCACCAGCUCUGGAAUCAGCUGUUCUGACUUAGAAGGCCUUAAUGCUUUAAUACAAGAAGGAGCCACAGAGGUGACUGUGGUUAGUGAUGGAGGUCAGAGUAUCACUGUGUCCACUUCAGCUCCCCCUCCUCCUAUCUUUUCCUCAUCCUCUCACACAGAAGCCCCUAAGCAGACCUAUUCGAUCAUUCAAAGUGGAGCCCAUACAGCUUUGCUAUGUCCAGCAGACUCCAUACCAGAUUAGUCACAGAGUACUAUUCCCAAACAAAUUUCUGCAGCAAUGCUGAAGUCAGUAAAACCACAUAGGACAUAAGCAAAUGCAGAAUUUGUCCUAUAAAGCCAAAUAUCUUCCACAUACAUGUUUUACCUGUCUAUACAUGGAAACAUACAACUUGUAUGUGGGAAAAGAGGAUGUGUAUAUGUAUGUGCCUCUAUUAAAAUCAGAGGCUGUGUUCUUUGUAAAAUCUGAGUAUCCAAACAACUGUUUAUAAUUUCACCUAGCAGUAAGCUUCCCAGAAUAUGAUUCUUGUAUUGUAUUUGAUCAGUUAAGAAAACAUCACCUUCUGAUAAAUGAUCAUCACAGCAAACUCAUUUUUUCAUGCACACACAAAAAGAUAAUAGUCCAAGCCAUUCUAAAGUGUAUUUUUAAGCAAUGCUAGUGGUGGUUUGAUGCUAUGCUGUGGAUGCAUCUGCUGGACCUGGCUGAUAGUUAACCUUUUAGAAAUACCCAGUAGCCAGGUCUAAUGCAGGCAUAGUAAAGGUUAUGGGACUUAUUCCUUAGCAUUGGUAGAAGUUGAUAGCACCUGACAAUCUGGAGAUGCUUAGGCAGAAGCAGACCAGGUGAUUGUUUUUAGAAGACAAAAAUAUUUUGUCCCUCCAUCACUAAUAACUACCUUUUUCUGUUAGCAAGAACACUGUUGCAAAUCAUGUAUAUGGCACAGUGAUCUGUCAGAGUCGCCUUUGUUUUAAAGAACAGAACAACUACAAAUAUAUUUUUUACAAACAUGGUACUUAAAUUUUUGUUUUUAUUUUGAUGUUGCCUUCAUACUUGUUUAUGGUUGCAUGGGUGGAAAAAGUGCAUUGUAUUUUUGGUUCUGUUCUUUUUCAAAUUAAAAGGGGAAAAAGAAAAGAUUGAACUCAUGCCAGUAAAACUGAAAAUCAGUAGAUUCUAUUCUGAGGAUCCAAACUAGAAUAAAUUCAGGUUAGAUCCCAGCAAGACAGUAGUUGCUGUUAAAUGAUGUACAUUUGUAUAAUGAGUGAAUAUGUGAAUUUUGGGAUGUAUUUUGAACUAUACAAUAUCAUAACGUGGUCUGAUGAGCACUCUUGCAAUGGUAGCUAAUAUCUUCAUUAAGAAAUUAACUAGUUAAAGAACAGACUCCUAACUUGGGAAAGUGGACAGCUCUAUCUUGUAGCAGCCUGGAUCUGCAAAAGUGAGAGAUCAUUUCACAGCCAGACAGCAUCCUAAGGACAAUUGUUAACAUACGUGAAGACUGAAAAGAGUGUGUUAUCGAAACCAACUCAGAGGUUCCCCUUGGGGAAUCUAAGUCAAGUUAGAUUUCACAGUUUUUGCUAGUGGGAGACAUUGAAUGAUUGCUUUCUGUUCUAGAAAUAUGCUUGGAGAACUUGUAAAGAUGAUUAUGUAAUUAGGGCCAGUUUCUGAAUAGGCCUCUUGUGUUUGAAUCUUUUAGCCUGUACAGUCUUUAUUUGGCAUGUGUAGGGUUGCCCCCCCACAUGUCUUUCCUCUAUAUGGUACAGUUUCUAUUUACAGGGUAAGGCUUCCUGCUUUACAAAGACAGAUAGGAAAAUGCAAACUAAGUCACAAGUGCAGUCAUACAGGUUGUUCCUGAAAAUGUGGCCUUUGUUUUUUUGUCAAAAGAAAGGUGGUUUAAACUUGAA